UACUACUACUACUACUACUACACAUUCAUUAAAUAGAGUUGAACCACCUAUUCCAGAACAUUUAUCUUCUAGACAUAUUUUAUCAGAGGUACAAUUUUUGUCAGAGGUUUAUUUUGAACAUGUUCAUAAAUAUGUACCUAUGAUACAUAAACCAACGUUUUUAAAGCAAAUGCAUAAUCCUUCCAAUCCACCUUCUCGAUUAUUACUUUAUUCCAUGUGUGCUGUUGCUUCAAGAUGGACUUCAGAUCAUAUAUUGAAAACAGAGAAUACUAUAACGAUACCCCCACCAGGAUAUACCUAUUAUCAAAAGGCACUUGAAUUGCUCGAUGAUUUUCUAGAUAUACCUCGUCUUUCAACAAUACAGGCUUUAAUUCUUUUAGUUAAAUACCAAGAAUAUUAUCAACGUACAGGCUAUUUUCAUCGUUCCUAUCUUUAUUUAGGUACAGCAGUGAGGAUGUGUCUUGAUUUAGGUUUAUCUGAAUUAGAAGGGGAUACCUAUGAUAUAGAAACAAAACGUAGAACAUUCUGGGUUACAUUUUUAUAUGAUUUAUUAAUGAGUAUUGAACAAGGGCGUUCAAGUUAUUUUAAUGUUCAUAAAUGUACAACUGGAUUCCCUUUAGUCACUAGUGAAGAAGGCCCAGCAUUAGAAGAAUUAAUCACAAAUCAAAAUAUCUUUAUUCAAUUAGGAAGAGUUUUAUCUGAUAUCUAUGCAAUGUCUCGACGUAUCACAUUAAGACGACAGACACAAGGGAAUAAUAGAAGUGAAGAUCAAAUAGUAGAGGAACAGAUACGAUUAUUUUCAUUACAUACACAUCUGGAGAACUUUUUAUAUGAAGUCCCCCCUGCACUUAGUUAUCCUCCUACUCAGGAUAUCGAAAAUUAUCCUGUAGAGAAGCAUGCUAUAUCAGAUCCUUUUAUUGGAUUUUUACACAUGACAUAUCAUUUUAGUAUCAUUCUUUUACAUCGUACUUAUUUAUCUCAUCCCCCUUCUGCAACUGAAUUUAAUUUUAUUGCUUACCCUCAUCGUCAAUUAUGUGCAGCAUCUGCUUCAAAUAUUACAGGCAUUGCUGAAACUUUACUCGAUAUGUAUCCAGACUAUAUCUUUCAUUAUCCUACAAGAGGUGUUCAACACACGAUACAUUGUCUCGCUAUGGCUUCCACCAUUCAUAAAUAUGAAAUGUUACAUGGUGAAUGUGAUAAAACAAAGGAAACGGCUCGUUUACAAUAUAUGCUCUCUGUUGAUAUCAUACGGAAACUUGCCUUAGCCUCUCCUUCUAUCGAACUCUCAGACUAUUACUCUAGUCAACAGGCACUAACUAAUUCAGAGAAACGUACCUCUACAGUUAUUCAAUAUCCACAGCAAACGAAUAUGUAUAUACAAUCUGACAAAACAAAACUACGUAGAGAUACAUUUUCUUCUAUAACUCCUCCAAUUCAUGAAUCUGCUUUAUAUCAAUCUAGUGCCUCCAUCACAAACUCUGCACAAUUAGCUUCCAUGCUAGCUGCUCAGCAGCAGCAGCAGCAGCAACAGCAACAGCAACAGCAACAGCAGCAACAACAACAGCAACAACAACAGCAACAACAACAACAACAACAACAACAACAAAAGUUUACUUUGCCAUCUCAGACUAUAGUUCACUCACAACAGCAAUGGUUUUCUACUCAAGACAUAUUGAGAAAUCAGCAGCAAUUACAACAACAAUUAGCAGUAAAUUGGACUCAACAACAACAAGGAUUACCAUUCAAUACUUAUUAUCAUCAUGAUACAAAUGAUAAUGUAACAAGUGUUCCUUCUUACUCAGAGCAGCUAACUCAACAACAAAAAUAUCUUUCUUUACCAUCAGAAGAAGUCAAUACGAGUAGAGAUCGGCGUCAUACAUUUUCAAAUUCACCACAAUAUAACAAUGAUAAUAAUAAUGAUAAUUCAACUAUUUUAAUGAUGCAAGAAGAAAGCAAUAAAUUAAAUGAUGUAAAUAUGAUAAUACCAACUAUGAUAAACGCAAAUGAAAAUACCACCAUGUUAAUCACUAACAGUGACCCUGCAGCAGCCGUUGUAGCAGCCACUAUCACACAACAACAUUAUGAUCCAACAUCAGGUAUGAGUCAAUUAUUUUUGACUGACAAUCAACAGCAGCAGCAGCAACAUAUUUGGAAUGAAUCUAUUGUAACUAACAAUAACAAUGCUCAAAGAAGUGAAGGUCAUGUGAUGAAAUGAUAACAACAGCAAUAAUAAUAAAAAAUAUAAAUAAAUAUGUAUAUAAAUAUAUACAUGUAUAUAAAAUAUAAAUCUAUAUAUUGUUUAUUGAUAUUAACUUAUUG